GGUCACAUGGGGUUUCAAAGCUUAAUUUUUCUGAAACGUGAAAGCAUUUAAACCAAAUCUGCGCUCUCACUUCCUACAUAAUCACGCGCCAUGCUGCUCUUUUCACUGCACUUGCAGUCUCCUCAGUUCUCACAUUCACUUCUUCCCCAUGGAAACCUUCAGAAAAUCUUCUAUAAAGCCUUGGAAGAAAGGUCCAACCAGAGGCAAAGGCGGUCCUCUGAAAGCCUCCUGCCAAUACCGGGGAACGAAACUGCCUUGGCUUAUGAUGAGGCUGCAAGGAGACUCUAUGGACCUGAUGCUUACCUCAAUCUCCCUCACCUUCAACCCAACUCAUAUUCUCAUCCCACGAACAGAUUCAAAUGGAUUCCUUCAAAGGAUUUCAUCUCCAUGUUUCCUUCUUGUGGUCUGCUCAAUAUCAAUGCCCAACCUAGUGUUCAUGUUAUCCAUCAGAGGCUUGAAGAACUCAAGAAGAACAACGGAGCUCUGAACCAAUCUUCUUCUUCUUCUUCUAGCUUAUCUUCAUGUGAAUCAAAAACUGAUACUCAGGUCAAAAGCAAGAAGAGCCAGAGGCAGAUAGAAAAUCUGACAACCAAGGAGAAAGAUGUGGAUAUUUUGUCAGAGAAAAUGCUGCAGCGAGAGAAACCACAGAUUGAUCUAAAUGAGUUCCUUCAGCAGCUUGGAAUAGUGAGAGAGGAAAAGCAGUCACAAACAGAAGGAAUAGGUGGAAUUCCUACAGAGAAAUUGUCAGAGUCAGUGAUGGAUUCUAAUGUAAGCAAUUUCGAAGAACAUGUAGCCUUCGGAGAGAAGAGCUUCAACUGGGAUGCUCUGAUAGAGAUGAAUGGAAUUGGAGCAGAUCAUCAAGGAGCCAAUGCCAGCUUCCAUGUUCAUGAUAUUCUAGAGGAGCUAAUGUGGCCUACAUCCAUUUGGAACUUCUAAAAUUAGUAAUAAAUAGAUCUCUUGAUCUGCAGUUAAGUUAGGUACUAUGAUGUUUAGUAGUAGUGCAGGUUGCAUUGCCGUAUCAAGAUGGCAUUUUUGUCCAUUUCUGUAAACUUAUUAAGGAGACAAAGACAUUGUUACUAACCACUAGUAAUCAAAUCCCUAAAAUGUA